AAGGUUUGACCUCGAGAACAAAGGUGAAAGUUCAUAGGUGAAUUUACACCACUGACAGAGAACAACAUUGAACAAUGGAGGACCAGUCUGUACACCGGUUUCGCGAAUAUUUACGUAUAAAUACUAUGCACCCAACGCCUGAUUAUGAUGCAGCUCUUCAGUUUCUGAAACAACAAGCCACAGAAAUUGGGCUGGAUUUCAAAAUACUUGAUAGUGGUGUAACAGGAAAACCUUUGGGCCUGAUGACAUGGAAGGGACAGCAACCAGAAUUAAAAUCUGUACUUCUUACCUCCCAUAUGGAUGUUGUACCAGUGUUUCCUGAAAAAUGGACUCAUGAACCAUUUAGUGCAGACAAAGAUGAAAAAGGAAACAUAUAUGCAAGAGGCGCCCAGGAUAUGAAAUGUGUCACAAGCUGGUACUUAGAGGCUAUCAGAAACCUAAAAGCUCAAGGGAAGACAUUUGCCAGGACCAUUUACUUGCUGUUUACAUCAGAGGAGGAAAUAGGGAGCAAACCAGCUCAGGUUUUUUCAACUUCCAAGCAGUUCCAGGACCUGAACAUUGAAUUUGGGUUGGAUGAAGGUAUUGCAAAUCCUGGUGAGAAGAUGAGAGUUUUCUACGGUGAAAGGUCAAUCUGGUGGAUUAAAGUACUUUGUAAAGGCAGCCCUGGUCAUGGAUUGGCUUUCAUUGAAAACACAGCAGCUAAAAAACUGCAAUACAUAAUGAACAAGUUUCUUGGACUGCGAGAUGAGCAAGAGAAAAAGUUCAAAGAAGAUCCUAGCAAGGGGCUUGGAGCAUUCACAACUGUUAACAUGACAAUGUUGGAGGGUGGCGUGCAACCCAACGUGGUCCCAGCCGAGUUAUCUGCCACUUUUGAUGUGAGGAUCCCGCCCACAACAGAUUUCUCAGCUUUCAAAGAGAAAGUUUUGCAGUGGUGUAAGGAAGCAGGUCCUGAUGUGUCUAUUGAAAUGUUACAUGAAGGUCAAAUGACUGAGAUGGUAGAUGUCUCUGAUGCUAAUCCAUGGUUUGUGGCUUUUAAAAAGGCUUGUGAAAGAGCCAAUGUGGAUCUGGAAACAGAAAUUUUCCCUGGUGGAACUGACAGCAGACACUUUAGAAAGGCUGGUGUCAACAUGUUAGGAUUCUCCCCUAUGAACAACACACCAAUACUGUUGCACGACAAUGAUGAGUUCCUCAAUGAAAAAGUUUUCCUCAGAGGUAUUAAAAUCUAUGAGGAGAUCAUCCCUGCCCUGGCUGACCUAGUUUUCUAGAACAAAAUGGUGUCUGACCUAGUUUUUUUUGGAACCAACUUGUGUCUAACCACUUUUUCUAGAAGCAACUGGU